GGGAGCGGAAGCGGCGCUCGGACGCGAUUAAGAUGGCGGCGUCGUGAAGUUGCAUGUUGUUGUGGGGGACCCCCAGCUGAGUCCGUUGGGAGGAACCGCCAGUUGUUGCCGCCGCCACCGCCCUCUCCCCUGACUCCCUCCCUCCCUCCCGCCAUGGCGGUGACCGUCACCCUGAAGACCCUCCAGCAGCAGACCUUCAAGAUCCGCAUGGAGCCUGACGAGACGGUCCGAGUUCUUAAGGAGAAGAUUGAGGCUGAAAAGGGCAAGGAAGCGUUCCCAGUGUCGGGACAGAAGCUUAUCUAUGCUGGCAAGAUCCUGAGUGAUGAUGUCCCUAUCAAGGAGUACAAGAUUGAUGAGAAGAACUUUGUGGUGGUGAUGGUCACCAAGAACAAAACAGGCUCAGGAGCUCCUGUCCCCUCACCAAGUGAGGCAGUGCCCCCAUCAGAGCCUGCACCAUCCUCUGGACAGAUGCUGCUGCCUGGAGCAGCUACUGUUUCAUCCUCACUAGGAACUCCAUCAAGUGAGGAGAAGCCUCCUGAAGAGUCAGUGACUGCUUCCCCCCAGGAAUCAGUUGGCUCUGUUCCCUCUUCAGGUAGCAUGGGACGUGAAGAUGAUGCAGCUUCCACUUUAGUUACUGGCUCAGAGUAUGAGACAAUGCUGAAUGAAAUCAUGUCAAUGGGCUAUGAGCGAGAGCGGGUGGUGGCAGCUCUACGGGCCAGCUACAACAACCCUCACCGGGCUGUGGAAUACCUGCUAACGGGUAUCCCAGGUAGCCCAGAACCAGAGAGAGCCUCCAUCCAGGAGAGCCAGCCUCAAGAGCAGCCUGCGCCAGAAGGAGAGAACCCUCUGGAAUUUCUGCGAGACCAGCCCCAGUUCCAGAACAUGCGUCAGGUGAUCCAGCAGAACCCAGCUCUGCUCCCAGCCCUGCUCCAGCAGUUAGGCCAAGAGAACCCUCAACUGCUGCAGCAAAUCAGCCAACACCAGGAGCAGUUCAUUCAGAUGCUCAAUGAACCACUGGGUGAAGUACCUGACAUCGCAGACAUUGAAGGAGAGAUGGGUGCUAUUGGGGAGGAAUCCCCUCAGAUGAAUUACAUCCAAGUCACGCCUCAGGAAAAAGAAGCCAUAGAAAGGUUAAAGGCCUUGGGCUUCCCUGAGAGCCUGGUGAUCCAGGCAUACUUUGCUUGUGAGAAGAAUGAGAAUCUGGCGGCCAACUUCCUGCUGAGUCAGAACUUUGAUGACGAGUGAUAAAAGAAAAGAGUUUUAUAUAAAAUUCUCUAUAUAAAUAUUCGUUUAUUUAAAGGGGCACGUAUUGGGAUUGGGGAAUGGUAUGAUUUUAGAAUGUCCCAGGCAAUUUUGCUGGCUGGAGGAAAAUACUCUACCUUGGAAACUGGGCAGUUGGGGAAAAAGCAGAACUAACGCACCUUCUCCUCUUUCCCUCCCCAAAAAACAAUGGCUGCAUUUGAGCCCAGCUGCAUCCCACGACAGUCCUUGGACUGGCAAGCAGGAUGUUCAGGGAAAGGUUGACAUGGCAGAUGGGUUCUAUUGGACCUCCUCCCAUCUGAGCUGAUUGCGUGUGUGCAAACAGAUUGCUCUUUUGUUUGCAAAUCCCCCCCCUCCCACCCACCAAUGCACAGUGCUACAAUGCCUAAAUAUGUCUGGGCUCAUCAACUAAUUCUGUCAGUAGUAUUAUUCCCUUCCCUUUCCACUGGCCUUUGAAAGAAGUUCAGUUCUUCAUCCGUGUUCCAGAGAGCUGCUUGCACUAGGUGGGUGACCUGCCUUCUGAUGAUCUUUUUGAUAACUGUGCUUGCACUGAAGAGGCUGUGCCAUGAUGGAGGCAUACCUUGUAAUGUUGCACAUAAAUCCCAUUUCCCAGCCCUGGUAUUACCUUUCAUCCUCCUCUGUUAAGCAGCCACCCACCAUGUAACUGCAGCUCUUUGUCACUCUUCUUAAAUUAAUUCUCAGAAGUAGUACUGGAAAUUGGGGGCUGGUGGACAGUUGCCCUUUUAUACAGCAGGUUUCGUACCUGGAGGCCCUUUCACUGUUUGAAUUUAUCCCACUCCCCAUGGCUACUCUGCAGAAUUGGAGAAGUGGCUGAACUGCCUUUGCUGUCUCGCUUCCCCAGACUUGCCUAAGCAGGGCUCAUCACUCAUGUAACACAUUGCUCAGCAGAGUUUGAUUUCGAAUUGUUUUAACAUUAACAUAUUGAAACGUGCAUUAGCAAAAGCAGGAGGAGCUUUUUACAAACCUCUAUAGCAGGUGAGUCUUUAAAAGCGGCUUUUUGGCACGUGUCCAUUGAAUGAAUUCCAUUUUUAACAUUUUCUGUGUUGUGGAAGUUUUAAGGAAAUUAAUAUUUUCUAGUAUUAACUUGAUUUACCUGUUGUUUGAAAGAUUCUUGCAUUUUAAGGACUUUUUUUUCCUUAAAGGAAACCCAUUAGUAUUGGGGGGAUACAGAAUCUCUUUGUUAAACGUUGGGGGGGGGGGCUUUGCUUUUUUAAUUUGGUGGGAAAUAUCAAAAUGACAUAUUUUCGCAAAUCUUUAUAGCAAAAUGUAAAAAGGAAAAGUCUGCUUUGAUGUACCUUUUUUGAAGCUUGAGUUUGAACUGACUGCACAUGAACAUAUCCUGAUUGAUCUCACCAAGAAGCUGAUCUGGUACUUGGCUUCAGUCUCAAAUAUCCAGUGAAAUUGACCUUGAACUCGAGAUGCACAGGCACAGAACUGCAGAGUUUCCUCCAGUUUAGCUCAUCCUUCACCUUAUCAUAGGAAUGUUGGUCAAAAUUGUUGCUGGUUUGAACAUCAAUAAAACUGUCAGUAUCACCUGUCUAAACCCCCGUUUUCUUCGAUGAACCAUGAAAUUGACUACUGCCUUCCCCCUCUGCCCUCAUAACAAUCCUGUCUCGAGUCCCACUCUUUCCUCAGCACAUGCCCACUGCAGAGGGAUCAGGAGUAUUGCCUCUAUGCCUCAAAAAUAAAUUCCGAAGCCAUAAAUUACUGCUAAA